AUGAGCGCUGACAGGCGCCUUUGCUACGUUGCAUCAGCUUGCACUAGCUUUGAUACAUUUCGUGGGGAAGUGGCUGCCAUCGAGUUGCUACUUCUAAAAAAGCAUGCUAUGCUGACAAGCGGCAAGGUACCGACAAUCCUUCGUCUGAGCAGCGCCGUAGCCUGCGAUACGGCGAUAGCAGGCUCCCUGUCUUACUAUUUGCACACGAAAAGGACCGGUUUUAAGAGAAGCGAUAAAAUGAUUAAUUAUCUGAUCCUUUUCUCUAUAAAUUCUGGAUUGUUAUUAAGGUUGAAUUCUCGACAAGUGCUAUUUAACGACACUUUUGACGAGAAAGAUGGCCCUAUCGUGAAAGUCAAACACUCUACCCGUCAUCGAAGCCGUCGAUCCAAUGCUAAUUGGGUAAUCGACCGAUCUAAAACACCAGAUAAGACCCCUACUCAAAUAUAUGUGGUUACCGAAACCAUUAUCGACAACGUCCCUCAACACCUGGACCCUGAGAUGAUUCGAAGUCCGAAAGAUACCCAAGGGAAACAAUUGUCGGAAAGCUCAUCAUCAUCCGGAAGUGACUCCUCGUCUGAACUGGCAUCUCAAAGAGGCGAGUCUGUGUAG